CUCCUAACGUCUGAACGGUUGAGCAGCAGCAGUCCGACGACACCAGUAAGCUAAAGCUAAUGUGCUCGAAGUCGGACAGGUGUAAAAAUGAACGACCAGUACUCAUUUGAUAACAUUGACAGCCUCCUCUUUCAAAUAGCUCUUCAAACUCGGGAGCUUUCCCAAAAGAAGAAUGAAAUCAACCAGCAAAUUAAAGUUUGCAGAGCUGAAAUUGCUGAGAGGAGGUCUUACAUUGAAACAGUCCACAGAAAUACCACAAAACUUGAAGAGGAAAUCAGGUUGAAGCAGAGCACAGUGAUACAUAAUAAAACAAAUGCUAAAAGCAUGAAGGCAACCAACAGCCUGCUUCUUCAGUAUGAGCAGACACUGAAAGAAGAACUGGAGAGCCGAAAAGCCAGCUACAAACAGGACGUGGAAGUCUACGAAGAGAGAAUUGCAAGCUAUUGGAAGAUCUUCCAGUCACAUAAAGAGUAUUAUUGCCAAAAUCCUCUUGCUCAAAAGCUCCUCACGCUGCAGGCUGAAAAAGACGAGAUUGAGUCAAGGAUAAAGGCCUGUGAUGAUCAGAUAACAGUGAAACAGAAGGAGCUGGAGCUUCUCACUGGUCCAGCAGUCAGUUCUUCUUCCACUGAGAAACUACCAGACAGUGUUUCUGGCCAGCAGCCCAUAACAGAACCAGAGAAACAACUAGAUACUCCCACAGAGGAGAUCAGUGAUUGUUCCGUUGACAUCUCCUCACUUCAUCUCACCCAGACAAAGAUCUCGCAGAAUGGUCACAACACUUCUGUCGAGGAAAAUGCAGAAGAAAUUAAUGAGGAAAACAAGGACCAGGAUACUGUAGUCUGCAGCCCUUUACCAGAAAAAGCAAGCAGCGGGGGUUGGUCCAGUCAACAGUCAGAUGAUAAAAGACGGCAAGAUGUGAUUCACACUGAAGAGCAGGACCAGGAAACUAAACCAGAGGACCAGGUCUUGGAAAAGCAGCCAAUUGUAUCAGACAUGGAUGAGGCGAUGGAGCUGGAGGAGAUGGAAGAAAGAGCAGCUAUAGAGGAAGAACAGGCACCAACCAGAGAAGACAGGAUCGGUCGUGAUGCUUUUCCUCAGUCAUCACCUCAAGAAACUAAUCCUGAGUCUUCCACAGCAACAGCGAAAAAUGUGUCUACAACCCCAACAUUCCCGUUUAACUACAGCCCAGGCAGCUCCCCCCAUCGAGGGACCUCUGAUACCAAAUCGCCAGCUUUCCUGUUCUCCCUGAACUCAGAUCCCUGCACCCCGGGCUUCUCUGGAUUUGGAUUUGAUGUGGGCUCAUCGCAGGAUGAGGACUCAGCUUUUGCUUUCACUGGCUCUUUCUUCAAUGAGAAGAAAACCACUGAAUCAAAGUCUUCAAGCUGCCUUGAGUUCCUGUUUGGCCAACAAAAGCAGAGCGAAGACUUCCAGUUUGCCUUCUCUUCCACGAGUCCUCAAGCAACCAACAAAGAAAACAGCGGGGAUGAGUUUCCCUUUUCGUUCAACUUUUGAGAGUUUAGACCUACUUAAAUACUUAAUUGGCAUCCUCAUUUUUUUAUUACCUACUCUCUUCAGUAAUGUUCACACAUGGCAGGUUAAUGACAAAUACCUGUGGUACCAGUUCAUAGUUUAACACCAUUGUAAGAUUUAUAAAACCUCAACAGUUAAAAAUCUAAGUGAAGUUUGCCAUGUAGGAUUUUGCUAAUAUACUUUCUAUUUUUUGUUUCAUUAAAUGUUUGAUAUUUAUUUAUGUUUAGCUUAAUGUCUUAGUUCAGUUGCUAUUCACAAAACAAUGAACAUAUCAAAUAUUACCACAGUUGAAUAACAUUUUAUUGCAGAUACUGCAUUAGUAUCAAAAUAAUACACAACAUACGUUCAUAGUUCUUUACAGAUUUCUCUAUUGUAAGUGCAGUAGUGUGUUUAUUACACAGUAUAAUAAUAUUUUGAUGUGCCGUCCAGUUUGCAUCAAUUAAAGACAGAAGCAGUGUUUCAGUCCUACAAAGCAUAAAUAAAAGGAAAUUAACAUCU